AUGGACGAUGUGGAAGAUAUAUGGACAGACCUAAAACCAUGGUACGCACAAGGAGAUCUGUUACGGGUGUCAAAAUUGCAAUAUCGUGCCUCUUCUAUGAAGCAAGACACGAACAACAAACAAAAGAUUAGUACAGUUGAUGUAAAUGUUGGAUUAUACACCAUUACUUUUCCUGCUGAGGUUGAGAGUUCUAUUCACAUUGCCGUUGUUCAACCCCAAUGUACUAAAGUUCCGAUUAUUGGAAUUGUUAUGGGUGAUAGGGGGUUGAUUUCUCGUAUACUUUGUGCAAAAUUUGGUGGAUUUCUCACUUUUGGUUCCCUAAAGUCAGAAGUAGUUUCAGCUCCUGGACAACCUACACUUAAGGAUUUAUUGUAUCUAUACAAUUUGAGACAAGUGGCACCUGAUACAAAAGUAUAUGGGAUUAUUGGAAAGCCUGUCAGGCACAGUAAAUCACCCAUGUUAUAUAAUGAAGUCUUCAAGUCAGUUGGUUAUAAUGGUGUUUAUUUAUUUUUAUUGGUGGAUGACAUUGCCAAUUUUCUCAGGGCUUACUCCUCUACUGAUUUUGUGGGAUUCAGUGUUACCAUUCCUCACAAGGAGGCGGCACUUAAGUGUUGUGACGAAGUUGAUCCAGUGGCUAAGUCUAUAGGAGCUGUGAAUUGCGUUAUUAGAAGACCAACUGAUGGGAAAUUGAUUGGGUAUAAUACGGAUUAUGUUGGUGCUAUUUCUGCAAUUGAGGAUGGGUUACAAGUUAAAUAUAAUGGUAGUAGAACAAAUGUUUCACCAUUAGCUGGUAAGUUGUUUGUUGUUAUUGGGGCUGGUGGUGCUGGGAAGGCACUUGCUUAUGGUGCAAAAGAGAAAGGAGCAAGGGUUGUAAUUGCAAACCGUACCUAUGACCGUGCUAGAGAACUUGCUGAUACAAUUGGAGGAGAUGCUUUAUCCCUUGCUGAUUUAGAUAAUUACCAUCCGGAGGAUGGUAUGAUUCUUGCAAAUACAACAUCAGUUGGAAUGCAACCAAAAGUUGAUGAGACGCCUGUUCCUAAGUAUGUUUUGAAAUAUUAUUCCCUAGUUUUUGAUGCUAUCUACACGCCCAAAACUACUAGACUCUUGAAAGAAGCAGAAGAAUCAGGUGCCAUUAUAGUAUCAGGAUUGGAGAUGUUUAAGGGGCAAGCAUAUGGGCAAUGUGAGAAAUUCACUGGAUUGCCAGCACCAAAGGAGCUCAUCGGAAAAAUUAUGGAAAACUAUUAA